AUGGACGUUUGCCAAUAUGGUAAAUGCUUUGAGUGUGGAGGUACCAAUAGCGGUUCGAAUUUUUGUUCCAAAUGUGAAAUCGAUUUUCUCCGGCGUAAUUUUUCCAAAUGGACAAGCGGCAAUGUCAAUAUUGAUUCAAUUAUCCAAAAGACUCAAACUACUGCUUUCGUAUGUGUGGACUAUCUGGAAUGGAUCCCUUUCGAAAACUUUGAUUUUGUUAAGUACCACGCAAGAGGCGCGUUCAGUGUAAUUUAUUCUAGCGUCUGGUUGGAAGGCCCUCGACAUAUCUUUGACAACGAAUCCCAGGAUUGGGUUAGAAGCGGGCCUAUAAAAUGUGCCUUGAAAAGAAUCGAAAAUUCUCAAUCGAUUUGUCAAGAAUAUUUAGAUAAUAUUCUAAAAUAUCAUGAAUGUUUUCGAAAUGCGUCUGCGGUGGUCGAUUGUUUUGGACUGACACGUGACCCAACGGGUUGCUAUAUGCUCGUAACAAGAUUUUACGAGUCCGGAAAUUUACAUCAAUAUCUCGCUAAAACCAUGGGAUGUCUUUGCUGGAGAGAUGUUAUCGAUAUGCUCUGGGGAAUAAUUGUCAGUGGUCUUGAGCCAAUUCAUGAAAAUGAACUUUUUCAUGGAAAUCUCCAUGGAGGUAAUUUAUUAGUUGAAGAACAUCCUGAAUUAAUAAAUGUAAAACUCUCUGAUAUUGGAUUAUAUGGUCCUGCUGAUAUUUCAGAACUUGCUGAAAUUUUAACUUCUUGGAUAACUGCUAUCAGCGAUGACCCUGAUCCUUCACCAACUUCUGAGCAAUUUGAUAUUGCUGAAGAAAAGAGAUUUUCUGAUUUAAUAAAUAAAACUUUUUCCAAACCAAAAUUCCAUAAUCAAGCUGUUUAUUUUAGCAGAUUAUUAGAUUAUAGAUCUCUUUGCAAGAAUACUCAAUAG